UCACGUGGGAACCGAACUUUUUCGUGCUUUACCAACUAUUCAUCUGCCUCAAUCGAAGCGUGCGCACGUUAUGCUAGUAUACAACAAGUGCUUGUGUUAUCAGUUAAGCGGUCUGUGAUAUGAUUCGGCAUGUGAAAGUUGAGUGAUGAUCUAUAGCGAUUGGGAUCUUCGUUUCAGAUAAGCGGAGAUAUGGCUGUUACGCCGAUGAUCCCGGUGCUUCUAUUCGCCGUGUUUAGUAAAUGUGGCGGCGAUAGCAGUGGACACAAACACGGGAAUGGCGCUUCACAAUUCGGAGAACUUCUCAAGCCGCCGCCACCUCCGCCACACUCUCCAAUACAACCUGUGCCGUUCCAUGGCGGCGGAAGAGUUCAGAGACAAAAUCUAGACACUGGGUACCAUUACCCACCACCCCCUCCACCAAGCCCUUCCUCCGACUUCAAGUUUCCAGCACCAUUCUAUAAACAAUACAAUUUUAACUUUGUACCUCCACCUCAACCAUUCACAACGACCCCUUCCCCAUCUUUAUUUCAAAAAGUGUCAGGAUGGCUUUUUUCUACGCAGCAAUCGAACCAAGACACAAACUCUAUCCUUACUCAUAAUGUAGCACCAAUAAAAAAAGACUGUAACCCCUGCAAUCAAGUGCCAUGGAUACCAGUGAUUAGAUACAAUUUAGGAGCAAAAAAUACCUUUCAAAGUCCUAAUCCGACGUACGGCCCUCCGAGUCCGACCGCAUAUCCCAAUGCACUAAGUUUACCCCAACCUCUCCUGAGUACUCAAAAAACACCCCAGCUACUGCCUGGUAUUCCGCAUACAGUGUAUGGUCCUCCAGUCUCGUUUCAAAAUAGUUUCUCUAGUGGAUUUGCAAGUUCAACAUACGGACCUCCUAGUCCGACACAUACAAUAACCGUUUCAUCUCAUAAUUCGAUUAGCACUCCAUUUUCGUCUAGUAAUUCAUACUCCCCACCAAGCUCUCCGUUUAAUUUGCCAAGUAGUACGUAUGGUGUGCCUAGUAGUUCCUACGGCGUACCAAGUAAUUCGUACGAGACACCUAGCAAUUCGUAUGGAGCACCAAGUAGUUCUUAUAAUGUGCCUAGUAGCUCAUAUGGUGUACCGAGCAGUUCAUACGGCGUACCUAGCAGUUCAUAUGGGGCACCUAGUUCAUCAUUUAGUAUUAUUCCGUCUCAAGAGGUAUCUUCAUUUAAUAGUAAUACAGGACCAUAUUCUCAACCAAGCUCAACCUAUAGAACACCUACCAAUAUAUUUUCAGGUACAUUAACAACUCCAUCUUCUUACAUAUCUUCUACUUACGCACCAGUAACUGCCCACUAUGAACCAGUUACGGAGUUAGAAUUACCAAAAGUUUCUCCACCUGCAGUAUUUAAAAAUUCAUACGGAGAACUUAUUUCUAAUCCCAAUGCAUUAAACAUACCAUCUGCUACAGCAGCAGAAUCAACAAAAAUAAAAACUCAAGUUUUGCCAAAUGAUAAUAUAAAGUAUCCCAUACCUAAUGGUACUUUAGCACUCGCCAAUCCUGCUCCAUUUUCUUUGAAUAGAGGUAGAAACAUUCAUACGCUGCAACCUGUAGCCUUACCGAACUUAUCUGUAUCUCCUUUACCUCCUAUUUUCAAUGCUCGGCCAUUCAGGCCAUCUCCUAAAUUUGAAUCCAACGUAGUUCAGGGAAUUAAUUCUAUGCAGCAAACAUCACAUAAUGUUCAUAUAUCGCCGAGUGUUCCCAUUGCUGAGUUUACUCAUUCUAUUGAUUAUCCAGCAACCGUUAUCCAAUCGCCAGUGAUAGAUAUAGAUAUUUUAAGGAAUCAAAACCGUUCGAAAUCUUAUAGAAAUGACCCCAAUAGCUUUAUAGAUGAUAUAAGAGAUAUUUCAUCGCAAGCUUCUGAAGAUCACAUCUCAGAAACUAAAUCAAUACCGGAUGCAAGUUUUGAAAGCACUGGAAUUGAUGGUGGAAACGACAUCUAUGAUACUGGUGUUCCUUCUGAUUUGAAACCAGUAUCAGUACCAUCGAAUCAUAGACCGGCAUUUGCAGAUUUAAGAGGUGUGAAGGAUGAAGAUGUUGAUAAAUAUCGUACAGAAAAUAAUCUGCAAAAUAUUGACUCUCCUCUUUUAUAUCUUAAACCAAGUGCACCUCACAAGAAUCAUGGCAAUUUUGCAUAUAUUCUAUCAACAACUAGCAGCGGCAAUGAUUACGAAAUCUAUGAUGAAGCUCAAACAACAUCUGCACCACAAUCUGCACAAACCAGUAGCUGGCAUGAAAGUCAAGUAGAUUUUAAUGAAAGUCCGUCAAAUCAAGAAAUUCACGAGCACGCUGAUAAACCUAAAAUAGUACAAAUUAUAGUUCCAUAUACAACAAACAAGGAAUUGGGAGGACUUAAUUUAAAUUUUGACUCUGAAUCACAAGACUGGAGUCUAAAAGAAGACGAUGAAUAUCAAGCUAGAAAAAUUCCAACAAAUACCGAAAGUCCUUAUAUUAGCACUGUCACAGAAAAUUAUAGUACAACUGAAGAAUCGACGCCAACAAGUACAGAAAGUACAGAUUCAGACCAUUUGAACACAGCUGAUAUUUUAAAUGAUCUUUAUGAUGUAAAGGAACCUCCUUUUGAUAUUAUUAAGUUACAACAAACAAUAGAUGACUGGACUGCGCAAGAAUACUCUAAGCGACAUAAAAUACCACAAAGAUCUCGUAACGUUGAAAAAUAUGCUAAACAAAUACCCGAUGAUUUCUUUACCACAACUACGCCCACUAAUUAUGUAACCUCUACUAUUGAUUAUAGUUAUGAAUUGUAUGAUCACGAGGGUUCUAGUAGUAUGCAGCACGCUGUUACUGAAGACAAAAAUAAUUCAUCUAUAAGGGGUUGGAAACAUUACAAUACUAUUGAAAGAACUAAAUCCAAAUAUAAUGUGGAAAAAAAUAAGAAAGAAGACGAGGUUCAGAAACUGCACAUUUAUACAGCAGCAUCAACAUUUAGGAGUACUACUACAACAACGCCAGCUCCAUGGGGGAAAAUCGAAACUUCAAUAUCGCCAUUGACAAAAGAAAAAGUUUAUGUAGUUACUUCCAAGCCAUGGCGAGAUUCAAGAAAUAUUACCAAAGAAUGGUUUGAUCCAGACUCUUUCGAAUUCAAAAAGAUACGCGGAGACAACGAGGCUUCAGCUUCAGAUAAUUUGCCUUUUAAGUCUCCAAGAUUUUCUAAUCGACCCUCUACGGGAUUCGCCUCCAUCGAAAAAACCGAAUCUAUGAAAUCGGAUUCAUCAUACGGUUUUUCUAAAAGCUGGUAUCAAAGCAUUAAUGACUUGGAGAAUCGUGAUCAGAGAAGCAAUACGGCGUUGCCAGAAGGUUUUCAACAGACACAUUUUACUAACGAGGACGAGGGUACAAUGGAUACCACGACUGCAGGACAUCAUAGAGACGCUUGAUAAAUGUGUUAUGUGGAAACCGCUCAUCAUCCUAACAGACAUUAUUGUGAAAUGUGAUCAACAAGAAAAACUAUGAAAUAAACAAUACUUAGUGUUAGUGAAAUAAAAUACUAAUGUGAUGGUGAUAAUGUUUAAAUACAAAUUGAUAACUUCUGUGAAUUGAUCGAAAGAUAUUCAGAGCAAAUUAAGAAGAUUACGACAAUAGGUCAGUGUUCUUUUUAAUUUGAUCAAAACAUAGUUGUAUUUAUUUUUAUGUUAAUCUUCUUUA